CGUAAGCUAGGGUUUAAAUAAUCCUUCCCUUCGUUCAAAUCAACUUUCCCCCGUUCGGUCGCUGAUAAAACAAAGAAAACCGAAAGAAAUUGACCUAUAGUGAUCGUUGUGUUGAUUUUUGGGAGAUGGAAAAGUCACUCGACUGUGACAAGUACUUCAAUGUAGUUCGGUUGUGCUGAACGAUGAAAAAUUCAAGUCAGAGAUUCUAAUUCUUUUUGUUUUUGUGUAAAUUUUCUUACCAACCAAACAGAGGAUUAGAGGGUAAUUACGGACGUAAAAGUUUUGGAUUCAUUUUCUGAUCUGCUGAUUCUCGGACGAAGCUUUUUCGAGCUGAAUCUUUGUCUUAGCGAUGAAUCCAGUGCCUUUCCCAUCAGGGAAUCCUCCUUCCUGGAUUCCCAUGUUACCACCCAACCUACCACCGUCUAGUGCUUUCUGGGAGACCACAAAUGUGCAAGACCGAAUGCGAGAUUUGAAAGAUACUAUCAGCAUUGCAAAAGCGAUGCAGAAAGAGCUAGAGAUGUUGAUUAUGAUAAAGGAUGGUAAAGGGUCAAAGCAGGAUGCAGAUGGUGGGUCUGUUGACACUUCAGUUUGUGGGUUUUCAAAAUUGCUAGAAGAUAGGAGGAUUAGUUUUGAAUCUCAAGAAUUGUGUUCAGUGGAAGCUGCAAAUGCAUUGAUGUCAAAAUUAAGAUUUCAGCUUGAACCAUUUAGAGUUAUCGCAGAUGAAACAAGCCCUUGGGAGGAAAAAUCUGCAGCAGUUAGAUUAGCUAAUAAAAUACACAAAUCCAAGCGAAAUAAACAUUGGAGGAAGAAAAAGAGGAAACACAUAGCUGAAAUGCUUGCAAAGGAGCGUGAGCGAUUUGACCAAGCUGAUCAAGAAGCUGAUGAGUGGAGGGUUCGUGAGAUUGCCAAGGAUAUUGCCAAACGAAAGGUGGAAAAGAUGAAGGAAAUUGCAAAGCUAAAAGCAAAAGAGGAGAGAAAGGCAUUAGAAUCUGAGCUUGAGAUGGUUUUAAUUGUGGAUAAGCUGCAAGAGUUACGCUCCAUCAGAAUCCAAAAAUUGAAAAAACAAGGUCAUUUUCUCCCCGAGGAGGAUGACAAGUUCCUUGAGAGAGUUCGUGCUGCAGUUGAGGAAGAGGAGCGACAAGCAAUGGCUGCUGCUGAUACAGAUGCUGCCAAGGACGCAAUCGCAACUGCUGAGGAAUUUAGGAGAAACCUCACCGGCUGUGAACAUGAUUUAGAAGAUGCAAACAGCACAAAAAAUGUCGAAAACAAUGAGAGCCAGGAUAAGACAACUGAGACCGUACUCACUGAAAAGGAAAACCACAGAUCAGAAGGACGGAGUCAUGGUGGAGCCUAUGAUUCUGUAGCAAGUUUACCAAUCGAAUUCUAUCACUAUUAUCAUGGUAGCAACACUGAUAUGGGCACCCUUAUUGAGGUUAGAAGAGCAUGGGAUGCAUAUAUAAGACCCGGCGGAAGUCGGAUGCCAGGCCACUGGGUUCAACCUCCACCUCCGGCAGAUGAGAUAUGGGCAUCUUACCUGGUCCACCCUAAAUGAAGCCUGGACCUCCAUUAUUGGUGUCACACACGGGGGUUCUCAUGUGUAAAUUGAUAUGAUCAAUGUUUGGAAUCCUUAGAAAGGACAUUAGAGGCUUGAGAGUCGUCAGUUUUUGGCAUUAUGUCAUGCUUAAUCAUAUCAUCCAAUGAAGUAACUGAAAAUCAAAGCCUACUCAAAUUUUGAAUUUCGUUUUCUUUUUUAAGCUUUU